GAAACUGUGAGGUGCUGGAGUGUUUUUCCACUUGGUGUUUGAAUGGGUGUGGGGGUCUUUCUGGUGACAAAUCACGGAUUGAAAACAACACAGAACUCUCCAGUUUAAUGGCUGGCAGAUAGAGGCCAAACGGGGACAAUCAACAUGAACUCGAUUCCGUCGAUGGACAGACACAUUCAGCAGACCAAUGACCGCCUGCAGUGUAUCAAACAGCACUUACAAAAUCCAGCAAAUUUCCAAACAGCAGCGACCGAGCUGCUGGACUGGUGUGGCGACCCCCGAGCCUUCCAGCGCCCCUUCGAGCAAAGCCUGAUGGGAUGCCUUACGGUGGUCAGCCGUGUAGCAGCUCAGCAGGGCUUCGACUUGGACCUGGGCUACCGGCUCCUGGCUGUUUGCGCUGCCAACAGAGACAAGUUCACUCCAAAAUCAGCAGCCCUGUUGUCCUCGUGGUGUGAAGAACUGGGACGUCUCCUCCUCCUCCGUCACCAGAAGAACAGGCAGAACGAGCCACCUGGAAAAGUGCCCAUGCAGCCUCCAAUGAGCUCCAUGAAGCCCGGCCUCUCCCAUGGAGAUGGGUCUUUUCCUUAUGACUCAGUUCCAUGGCAACAAAACACCAAUCAGCCUCCAGGUUCAGUCUCUGUGGUGACCACUGUGUGGGGUGUGACCAACACAUCACAGAGCCAGGUCUUGGGGAACCCUAUGGUCAACAACAACAAUCCUAUGAACCCUGGGGGUAAUCCUUUGGGCUCGAGUAUGUCUGGUAACAAUCCAGGGUUGAACUCUCCUCAGUUCCCAAGUCCACAGCAGCAGUUCCCCAGCAAAGGCAACUCAAACCAGGGCUACAUGCAGCAGGGUAUGUACGGACGACCCAACUACCCUGGAGGAGGCGGCUUUGGUGGCAAUUACCCUGGAGGGCCUAAUGCUGGACCUGGUGGGAUAGGCAUCUCAUCAAACUCCCGUCCGCCCUCAGAUUUCACCCAGCCUGCUGCUGCUGCUGCAGCGGCCGCGGUUGCUGCAGCUGCUGCCACUGCAACUGCCACUGCUACUGCAACUGUGGCUGCCCUGCAGGAAACCCAGAACAAGGACAUGAACCAAUAUGGACCGAUGAGUUCCUCUUUCCAGAUGGGACCAAACCAGGCAUACAACAACCAGUUCAUGAACCAGCCUGGACCUCGCGGCCCACCAUCUCUCCCUGGAAACAUGGGUGCAGGAAUGAAUGCAUCCAACAUGAGUGGACCCCCAAUGGGAAUGAACCAACCUAGGGGCCAAGGCAUGGGGCCUUUUGGGGCCCACGGCCAAAGAAUGCCUCAACAGGGCUACACGGGACCUCGGCCUCAGGCCAUGGGUAUGCAGGGCAUGAAAAGACCAUACCCAGGGGAGCCAACUUAUGGUGGGCAGCAGUAUGGACCAAACAAUCAGUUCCCCAGCCAGCAGGGGCAGUACCCCACACCCAAUGCCUCCAGGCCGCUGCCGUCCCCCAACUACCCCGCUCAGAGGAUGCCAGGACAACAGCUCCAAGGGCAGUACCCACCGCACGGGGGUCCUAUGGGCCAUUACUAUAAGCAAGAGCCACCUUUUAAUGGCCAAACAAACAACUUUUCUGGGAGUGGAUACCAGUACAACCAGGGUAAUAUGAAUGGGCCUCCAAGACCAGUGGGUAAUUACCCCCACUCCCCAGUGCCAGGCAAUCCCACCCCUCCUAUGACCCCUGGGAGUAACAUCCCUCCAUACCUAUCGCCAAACCAGGAUGUGAAGCCACCCUUCCCUCCUGACAUCAAACCAAAUAUCACUGCACUCCCUCCCCCUACAAGCAACCACAACGAGGAGCUGCGCCUGACGUUCCCAGUGCGAGACGGGGUCGUCUUAGAGCCCUUCAGGCUGGAACAUAACCUGGCUGUCAGCAACCACGUCUUCCACUUACGGCCUUCUGUGCACCAAACACUCAUGUGGAGAUCGGACCUGGAGUUGCAGUUUAAGUGCUACCACCACGAAGACCGUCAGAUGAACACCAACUGGCCGGCAUCGGUCCAAGUCAGCGUUAAUGCCACGCCGCUCACGAUCGAGCGUGGCGACAACAAAACAUCACACAAACCCCUGCACUUGAAACAUGUGUGCCAGCCAGGAAGGAACACGAUCCAGAUCACAGUCACCGCCUGCUGUUGCUCGCACUUGUUUGUGCUGCAGCUGGUACACAGGCCAUCGGUCCGCUCUGUCCUGCAGGGCCUCCUGAAGAAGAGGCUGCUGCCUGCAGAGCACUGCAUCACCAAAGUCAAGAGGAACUUCAGCAGCGUUGCAGCGUCGACAGGGAACGCUACACUCAAUGGAGAGGACGGUGUGGAGCAGACAGCCAUCAAGGUUUCCCUCAAAUGUCCGAUCACUUUCAGACGAAUACAGCUUCCAGCAAGAGGCCACGACUGCAAACACGUCCAGUGUUUUGAUUUGGAAUCAUAUUUACAACUGAACUGUGAGAGAGGAACAUGGCGAUGUCCUGUAUGCAAUAAAACAGCAUUGUUAGAAGGACUCGAAGUGGACCAGUACAUGUGGGGAAUUCUGAAUGCCAUUCAAAACUCUGAGUUCGAGGAGGUCACAAUUGACCCAACAUGUAGUUGGCGGCCAGUGGCUAUCAAAUCUGACAUCCACAUCAAGGAGGAUCCUGAUGGACCACUGGCUAAGAGGUUCAAGACUAUGAGUCCCAGCCAGAUGAUCAUGCCCAAUGUGAUGGAUAUGAUAGCUCAACUUGGACCCGGACCAUCGCCAUACCCAUCUUUGCCCUCUGGUCAAGGUGGCAACAGUGAAUACGGAAACCAAGGCAACAGUUACCAAGGGCACGGGAACUUUGACUUCCCCCACAGCACUCCAGGUGGUACGUCAAUGAACGACUUCAUGCAUGGUCCCCAGCUGUCUCACCCACCUGACAUGCCCAACAGCCUGAUGACACAAGACAAGCCCCUGUCGCACAACAUGCCUGACUCGAUACCUCACUCUGCCGGCCCUGACCAUACGCAUGGGCCGCUGCAACAGAGCUUACAUGCGUCUCCGCACCCUGGGAGUCAAUCAGGGCCGCAGCUACACCACAGCGGACCUCCUCAGCCCUCGCGGCAAGUUCCGCCCCCUCAGCCACAACAGCAACCGCAGCUGCAACCACAGCUACAGCAGCCCGGCCCCAACAACCACCCCCACAACGACAUAACCUUCAACCCCUCCAGCAGUUUGGACAGCCAAGCUGGGUCAGACAUGCCCGAGCCAUCGUUAGAUCUUCUUCCUGAACUCGCCAACCCAGAUGAACUGUUGUCAUACCUGGACCCCCCGGACCUCCCCAGCAAUAGCAACGAUGACCUUCUAUCGCUCUUUGAAAGCAACUAAGGCAAUCUCAGACAUGACACUUUUCCGAUUGCCUGAAGCUUCCCUGAGAAACCAUGGCAGUUACUCAGUACUUGACAAACACAAAGAUGCACUCCUUUUCUCUUCUUCCUCUCGUACAAUUUUCCUUCGCCAGCGCAGAUCGACUACAAGAUUUACAAACUCUAAAGACACGGCAGGAUCUGGCCGAGUAACCACACCCUCCCACCUUGUGGUACACCUUUGACUGUGCAGCUAAAGUUGAUUUCCUUUUUAUACACCACACACAUGUAUGUGUGCUCAUUAGGAAUGUGUUGUAGCAUUUUUAAACAAGUUUUUUUUUGUUUCCUUUUGAAGAAAAAAAAAGGAAUUCCUUGUAUAAAGUUGAAAAAUACCUAUAAAAAAACAUAAUCUGGCCAGUGUAUGUUAUGCUUUGUAGUCUGAGAGGCCACCACCUCCUGAUAUCAUUGCUCCAUUCCCUAACUGAUCCGGUUAGUCGCACUGUUUUGUCCACCACACACUUAUCAAAAAGCACAAGAAAAUUUCAGGCACUUCAAAAAACAGAAAAAAUUUCUUUAUAAAAAAUAAAAAAAAAAGAUCAGUUUGUCAAAAUGUUUUCUAGAAAUUUGCUGCCAAUGUUUUAGAACGAUUUUUGGAAUGAUCGGCUUCCAGUUUUGUCAUUUGUAUUUGAAUCGGUUUUAUGAAGUUCGACUCCUGAACCAGAGGUUUUCCCCAGAACAAAAAAUGCAUUCAUAAUAAUAACGUAUCUGGUCUUCAGCACAUCACGUCAUCAUCGUCUU